AGCUAACUAGCGCAGCGCACUUCACAACAGCCAGCUGAUGCCAGCUACCACCGUUUACCCAUUUUGUUUUCGUUUUCGGGACACAGUUACCGUCACACUCAAUUUUACAUCCUCCGGGAGAGACGUAACUAAGGUUACUUCACACAGUAUGGCGGUUGUAUUAAAAAGCCUUGACAGCUCUUCGUCUGUGUAGUUUAGCUAGCUAGCUGGCUAGCUAAAGUUGAUAGCAUCAAAGGCUAGCUGGCUAAGUUACAACCGAUUUUUACAAGCUGGCAUCAAAAAACCCUCAUCGUCAGCCAUGGGAAUACUAUUCACGAAGCUAUGGAGGCUGUUUAAUCACCAAGAGCACAAAGUUAUUAUUGUGGGCCUGGACAAUGCUGGCAAGACCACAAUUCUUUACCAGUUUUCAAUGAAUGAGGUGGUACACACCUCUCCUACGAUUGGGAGCAACGUGGAGGAGAUUGUGGUCAACAACACUCACUUCCUGAUGUGGGACAUCGGGGGUCAAGAGUCCCUAAGGUCAUCUUGGAAUACAUACUACACAAACACAGAGUUUGUUAUUGUGGUGGUUGACAGCACAGACAGAGAGAGGAUCUCAGUGACCAAAGAGGAACUCUACAGAAUGCUAGCACAUGAAGAUUUAAGAAAGGCAGGGUUGUUGAUCUUUGCCAACAAGCAGGAUGUGAAAGGCUGCAUGUCUGUGGCCGAAAUCUCCCAGAGCCUCCAGCUUACCUCUGUCAAAGACCACCAGUGGCACAUCCAGGCCUGCUGCGCCCUCACUGGGGAGGGGUUGUGCCAGGGUCUUGAGUGGAUGAUGUCACGGCUGCGUGUGAGAUGAUGACCUCUGACUUUGAUCAAGAGUGCGCCCUUGCUCUUUGUUUUCUCUGCCUCCAGACAUAAGCUUGAAAUGAGGAUGGGACUGAGGUCUGUUGAUGGAUGGCCCUCUCCUCUUUCCUGUGAUGCUGAUGUGGGCAGACCGCUGCCAGGACGUUAUAUUCUUCUGUGAUAAUUUAUUUUACAAAAGACGUCUGAACUAAGAACAAAAAAAAAAACAUGACCUUUCUUCAGAAGGACAUUGAACAACUAAAGAGACUCAAAUUAUUUAAACUGAAAUUUGUGCACGGUUUUCCUUUUCAGCAAAACACAGAAGUCAGGAAAGUGUCUGACUUGGAACUGUACAUGGACUCAUUCUUCAGCUGUGUGUGACUCCAGCCCACGGUGGCCUUGCAGUAUUGCCGGACUGGCUGUGGCAGUUUUUAUUGCCCCCUUGUGUGUACAGUCCAGUAUUCUCUUUUAACGUGGUGCCUGCAGCAGAAUGUUCAAGUGAUGAUGGUUGAUGGUGACUGAAACAUGCAGAAAGGAGGGUAAAAUCACAAUAUUCCCUCCUCUUUUCAGUCCCUAUGAAUAAUCAUUGAAAUAAAGUGUUUUUAUCUGUUUCAGGUGAACUGCAGCGUGUCAUGAAUGAGUAUUUCUUUCAGGUGAUUCACUAGAUUUGUCUUCUGUAUGAUUUCUCUAGAGAUAAUUGUGAGCUUAUAGGGUUUCUUGCUUGUAAUGUCAGUUAUUCUUUUUUUAGUCCUUUAGGGGGCAGAAUCUGUCACAUGAGCUCACAGUCCCUGAUGAUUUUCAGGGAGCAUGAUGAGCAGCUACAGGAGUAGAGAGGAGGGAGCCAGAGUUAGACAGCCAAAGGGAUUCUUCAAGAAAAGGCGAGACCAUAUGAGAGGAGCACACAGUGAGUGGUUUAGAUAAGGGAAAGUGGAGCAGAAUAGCAAGAAAUGCAAAGUAGGACUAUCAAAAAAUCAAGUUUGUGGGGUUGACUGCUCCUCAUUUAACUCCUCAGAUCUAUUGGAAUGUUUCAAAUCAGGAAGCUGCUUUACAAAGUCAACAAACAGUCCUACCUUUAUUCAUAAGUUUGUCAUCAUGACACAUUUCGUCACAUGCUUUGGUCUUGUGAUUAUCCUUUUGUCACGGUUUGCCUCAUUCCUACUUUCUGUGGUAUGUAACAGCUGACCUAUGAACCACUUUAAAUGAAGUCCUAGAUAUGCUUACUUUAAAUAUUUCCGCACAGUGUAAUAACUAUCCAUCUGAAUACUGGCUCUAUGUGUUUGCACCGCAAAGCCACUUACACUGAGCAAUCAGUAUUUUUUUACUCCAGCGUUGAAUUGAAUGACUGUGUAAUGUAAAGUAACAAGCUCACAAAGAAUUACAGCGAGAACUAUUCAGCUCGCUUUUUAGCAUUUUCUGGCUCAUAGUUUUGUUUUUUUAUUUCACAUUUACUCCAUUGUUCAGUCUGAAAGGAAUCCUCAAUUAUUCAUCUUAUAUAACCUUAUAUUCUUAAAGAAAAUAUUGUUUUCUCACCUGCCUCUAAGGUUAAUGAAGAAUCAUAAAAUGUAGAAAAUUGGGCGCUGCCUUGAACAAAAACGAUUUAUAAAUUCUCACAACUCGAGCAGUCUAAUGCAUGUCCCAUUCGUUCAGUCAUAUGCUCACUACUUACUUAAAACUUUACUGUUUUAAACACUUCGGCAUGAACUAUCACAUGCUUGCACAGGACCUCGGAUCAUUUCUCCUUCAUUCAGUGGCUGCUUGCUAGAAAAACAAAGUUUUCAAAAAAAUUCAUGAUAACAUUGGGUGCAUAAUUGAAAUACAAAGAAUAAUUUCAGGGGUGCAUUAUUCUUUCAAAUUUACAUUUACAUUUUAUUUUAGGACAAAAUCACCCGGACAAUAGAACUUAUUGACACAGUUGGAGCUAUGAAUGGAUGAACACUUGAUAUUUUAGUAAAAUCCUUGUACAAGAAGAUCAUGUCCUUGCUCAGACAAAAUGAUCCAACAACAUCUGCUAAUGAGCAAAAUAUGCAUCUUAAAGCGCAACACAAUUUUCUUUUAUUGGUCCUUUGGAUAUUUUUGUUAAAUUGUACAUAUUAUGAACUAUAUAAAAUUGGCUCUGCAUUUUUGAACAGUGAACGUCCAGAAAAAUAUUGUUGGUAUAGCUCAAUUGAAACAUGUUUGAUCUGGAAGUUUUUUUUAUAUAUAUUUUAAUUUGAGAAAACAUUUCAGGUAUUGUAGCAGGAAUGUAAAACCAAGUUGAUGCUUAUAAUAAAUACUGUAACACUC